AUGGCAGCCGCUGACAGUGCCACUUACGCUGCCAGCGCUGACGACAUUGUUGGGAUGCCUUCUCAUCAUCUAACUUCCGAGGCACCCUUUAUCACUAAUGAUGGCGGCAAUCAGAACAAGCACAUUCGCCUCUGCUUCGCGCCAACCGAGCAGGCCUACAACCAUGGAUCGGACCGUGUGCGCCCCCUUCGCACCAUGCCAUUCGACUCUGCGACAUGGAUCGGUAACCUCGACGACCUCGGUAGCCGUGUAUGGCCACAUCCCAGCUCCAAGGAACUGCUCGCACGCUCUCUCACCGGGGACCCAAGGUUUCCACUCCCAGAUACAGUGGCCAAGGAAAACAGAUUCCAGAACUUGCGUUUGCGGUGCUGUAGUGAUAGCUGUUGCCCAACCACCCACAGCCCCUUUGUAGAGUACGAGAAACCUUCUCGUCUUGGAACGCUUGCAUUUGACCGCACGCAGAAUGUCGUCAUCUACCCUUUCUAUGUUCGUCUGUGCAAACGUACCGGACUGCAGAAACUCUUUGCCAUCGUACAUCGUCAUGAGAAUGGAGAGUACUGGUUCUGGAGAGCCGACGGCACUUAUUACGAGACUUAUGGCCUCAUCAAAGGAAACGUUUCUAUCUUCCAGAGCCCUAGGUCCGCUCGCAGCAAAAACAAUGGCAGUUCGGCCUCUUCGAAGAUACCAUCGACAAGCACUCCCACCAAACCUGGUAGUUCAGCAACACAGCUAGUCGAUGAUCUUGACGACACGCCACUGCGAGUCGUACAGAAGGCACGCGCACUUACCAGGAGCGAAAACAUGGAAGCACAGCUCGUGAAUGGCGCGGACGAAGACCCUUUUGGAGACAGUCCUGAGCCUCCUUCCAAGAGACGACUUAUCGCAGGCUCGUCCGUGCCACAAAUCAAAAACAGCGGCCGUGCAAAAGUCCUCCACAUAGAUACAUCGCAUUCCAUGGCGACACUGAAGAGACUCAGAGCUAGAGGCCUCUCCACAACUCCUACCAGACAGCCACAGCCGAGUAACGCUAAUAUGCAGAAACCCAACCGCUCCUUGUUGCACAUCAACGAAGUAUGCAUGCUUGCCUAUCAUCUUGACGGACAUGGUCUCAAGUUGAUGUACCGAGACAAUGCCUUUACCAUCGAGUCUGGCGAAGGAUCUCUAAUCGAUCCUACGACUGGAAGUCCAUUCAAGAUGACCGAGCAGCAUGCACUGUACGUACUAUCUAGUAGCCAGAAGUCCCUCAAGGUCAUCAUGAGCAAGAACACUGCGUGGAGCAUUAUGGAAUCACGCGACGAUAUUUCCGAAGGCGUCAUUCUGUUGGAGUUUGGUGGUGUCAGUGCUCGUGACGAGUUCAUAGCUCGUAUCAAACACAUGGUCGGGAUGACUGUANGGGGUAUCGGCUGUGCUGAUGAAAACCGAAAUGCUGUGUUCGAUCCCAAGAAUGAGGACAACCCCACUGAUCAGCAAUCGGCCAAGCGGACCCAGUCGCUUUCUGCAGAGAACAGUUCUUGCGCCGAGGGCAGAAAAGCCAUAUCCUGCCCUCCAGGGGUGACCGAAAUUGCCUCGUGUCAUGCUCCAGCAAUCCCUGUAGUCUCGAAAUCUGCCAAACAUCCGGUUAUCCCGGUGUCAGUCGAGUCAACCCAGCCACGCCUACCGACCAAGCCAUCGAGUUCCUUGAAUACUUCCCAAGCCGUCAAGGCCAGUUUGACGGGUUCACUAUCCAGCCAGAGCCAGGAGAAAACAGACAUAGUUCCAUCUGAGUCCAAGACCUUGACUAGUGAAACAGAGAUGAAGAAGCAGUUGCUGAGCUUGUUGCGUGAGGUCUACGUCAAGUAUCCAAGCGCUCAGGAUGACGACCAGGUUGAGAAUAUGGCGCUUUUGUUGAAGGCACCUCUUCUCGCUGGAGAUGAGGAACGUGUCAGAGAGCUGAAGAUGGAUUUGAAG